GGACAGUCCACGCCUAUGGGUCCAGCUGCAUCUUGCAGAAAACACCAGGAGUUAGUGACAUGUUUAUUGGAAUAGUGUGAAGUGAUGGUAUAAUAUGAGUGAAAAUAAGCUCAACGUGUGAGAUGAACGCUUUUCUACGGACUUUUCAUGAAUAUUUCAGGAAAAUAUCGACUGGCGGGAGAGCAACGUAAACGCAUGUUUUCGGGGAUGCUGGGCAUUUGACCUGGGUAUAAGAUGAUGUAGCUCAAAAUGUUUAGUAUUUGUUGAACGUUUAUAGCUUGAAAUGGUUUAGUGUGAACGUUUUUUAUUAACGAAUUUGUGUUCAUUAACUUAUUUAAGAAAUGUUUCGUGCCGACUACGGAAAUUAUGCGAAUACGCUGUUGAAUAUAUAGCUUAUCCCAUUACACGAUAUACAACGAAGUGCUGGUUAUUUUCGUUAAUGGUAUAUUUAUUUACAAGUGAUUGUUACAUAACAGUGGAAUAAUAUAUAUUUGACGAAAAUGGAACUCUUAUUUACCAUUCUACUUGAAAAAUUUUUAUUCGAGGCUACUUAAGAUCCCAGUGAUAACAUCAACAAAAAACACAAUGCUGCGGCGACGGUGGCGCCUGGGCUCCUCCGGCAGAUGUUUUUCGUGACGUGAAGAUGAACUCGUCGCUAUUGGUGACAGACGACAACUCGUCUUCAGUUACAACAAUUGAUUCUAAUGAUCCCACGUAUAAUAUAACAGAGGUAGUUCUUUUUGGCACGAUAGCGGCUAUCUUAGCCAUCAUAACCGUAAUAGGAAACAUUAUGGUGAUGAUAUCAUUCAAAAUCGAUAAACAGCUUCAAACCAUUAGCAAUUACUUCUUAUUCUCAUUGGCAGUAGCGGAUUUUGCCAUAGGACUGAUUUCAAUGCCGCUCUUUACUAUAUACACACUUCUGGGUUAUUGGCCUUUGGGACCGCUAAUAUGUGACACCUGGUUGGCAUUAGAUUAUUUGGCAAGCAACGCUAGCGUACUGAAUCUGCUUAUCAUCAGUUUUGAUAGGUAUUUUUCAGUUACAAGACCAUUUUCAUACCGAGCGAAGAGAACGACAAGAAGAGCUGCUGUUAUGAUAGCAUCUGCUUGGGGAAUCAGUCUGCUGCUAUGGCCUCCAUGGAUCUAUAGUUGGCCAUACAUCGAAGGACAACGGACUGUACCAAAAGAUGAAUGUUACAUACAGUUCAUCGAAACCAAUCACUACAUUACCUUUGGAACGGCGAUAGCUGCGUUUUAUGUACCCGUAACUGUAAUGAUUGUUUUGUAUUGGAGGAUAUGGAGGGAAACAGAAAAAAGACAAAAGGACCUUCCAAACCUACAAGCGGGAAAAAAGGAUAGUAGUAAAAGAAGUAAUUCAAGUGUAUUCGUGUGCAGUGAUGAGCAAAACAAUGCUUGUUCAACGAUGGACCACGACGAGUGGAAGCGGCCACGAUCAGAAUCUACAGGAGCCGACUCCGAUUCUGUGUAUAUGCACAAUAUUUGUGUAGAUACUCAUAGAAGAAAAAAACCGGUAAUCCUCGUAUCGAAUCGACGUCAUGGUUUACUUCUUGGUUUGUGGCGCAUCCGCGAAUGGUGCGUAGCCUGGUGGCAUUCCGGAAGGGAAGAAAGCAGCGACACUGAAGAAGAGAGUCCCAGUGAACAGGGACAGGGAUGUAUCACUCCUGUUUCUCUGGACACGCCUUUGCAAAGUUCUGUUUCAAGGUGUACGUCGUUUAACGUCAUCAGGGAUUCAUAUGUUCAGAAUCUUACUACACAGCGGGAUCAAACAUUUAAUCAGGCCAACAUAACCCCAAUACGCCCGAGAGAUUCUAGGAGUUUGCCAACCAGUAAUCGAUUAACUGGUCGAUCUUCGUCAACUGAAAGUGUUUACACCAUAUUAAUUCGACUUCCAGGUGAUUCGAGCGAUGGAUCUGGAGAAGGAGUUUCUAUUAAAAUGAUUACCGAAGCACCAAGGAAUCAUCCUAUCACAACAGGUCCAUCGGGUACAACCACCAUCAGCGAUUUUCAUCAUCUACAAGACCAUGAUAAUCAUAUAAACCGUCGUCCUUCGGCAAUGCCAGAUAUCCGCAUACCUCUAAAUGCAAAGAUAAUUCCUAAACAACUAGCUGGCAAAACUCCUUUAGCAAACGCCAUCAAAAGUCAAGGGAAGAAAAAAAAGAAAACCCAAGAAAAGAAAGCUGACAAAAAAGCAGCCAAGACUUUGUCAGCCAUUUUAUUAACUUUCAUAAUAACGUGGACACCAUAUAAUAUUUUAGUCCUGUUAAAGCCUGUGACAAGCACUAGUACGCGUCUUCCUCCGCAGGUUUGGGACUUUUUCUAUUUCUUGUGUUAUAUUAACUCGACUAUAAAUCCAGUGUGUUAUGCCUUGUGCAACGCUAGCUUUAGAAGAACCUAUUUAAGAAUUCUGCAGUGCAAAUGGCAGAACAGAAACCGGGCUGCAAUGAAUAGGGGGUACUACAAUUAG